AUGGCUGUUGGAAUGGGAGGAGAGGUGUGGAGGAGGUACGCGCCGCACAACAUGAUGAUCCUGGUGCAGCUCAGCUACACCUUCAUGUACUUCUUCACCGAGGCCGCCUUCAACCGCGGCCUCAACCCCUACGUCUAUGUCACCUACCGCCACCUCCUCGUUGCAGUCGUCCUCUGGCCUUUCGCCUACUACCAUGAGAAGAAGUUGAGGCCCAAGAUGACGUGGAUGCUGUUCCUGGAGAUCUUCGUACUGUCGCUUGUGGGGGUGAGCUUAACUCUGAACAUGUACUUCGCGAGCCUCAAGUACACCUCCCCGACAUUCGUCGCCUCCAUGGUGAACGCCGUCGCUUCCAUUACCUUCGUCAUCGCCAUCGUCCUCAGGAUGGAGAUCGUAGACUUGAAGAGCGCGCGAGGCCUCGCGAAGGUCGCCGGAACCGUGGUGUCGUUCGCCGGAGUGACCACUAUGACACUGUACAAGGGUGCGGCGAUCGCGAGCCCCUGCAGGAAGGCGCCGAUCCACAUAGACGGCAGCAACGCUGUACACCGCAGCUGGCUCAAAGGGGCGUUCCUCGCCGUGGCCAGCUGCGUGUGCUGGUCCAUCUGGUACAUCAUGCAGGCGACGUCGGUGAAGAGGUACCCGGCGGAGAUGUCGCUGACGGCGUGGAUGGCGACGGUGGGAGGGAUACAGUCGCUAGCUUUCACAGUGGUCCUGAAGCACAAGAAGGAGGACUGGCUCAUAGGCUUCGGCCUCAAGUUCUGGUGCAUCAUCUACUCUGGGAUAGCGUGCAGUGGGUUCGCUGUGUUUGCACAAUUAUGGUGCACAAAGAAGAAAGGCCCCGUCUUCGUCACCAUGUCCACCCCCCUCUCCACCAUCAUGGUGGCCAUCUUGGCCUACUUCAUCUUCGGCGAAAACCUACACGUCGGGAGCAUAAUCGGAGGAGUGGUGGUGAUACUUGGCCUCUACAUGUUGUUAUGGGGCAAGGACAAAGAUCAACAGUACAACGCGAGCAGCGAAGAGCGGGUAGCCGAUCUAGACUGCGAGAUGCAGCGAGCAAAGAUAACCGACGUCUCUUCAGGGAAGAGCGGCUCGAAAGAGGAGAGUAAUACGACUAGACAAGAGGGAACAUAUUGUCAUUCGCAUGAAUAG